CUGUUUUUCUAGUUCCUGGGCCAAAUUAUAAUGCAUUUAUAAUGAACGCCGGAGGCUAAAGGUUAAUGCAAAAGAGACUCAACCAGCUCGCUAGGUAUUUAACGCUCAAAAAGCACAUUGUCGUUUGGAUACAGCAGAUCUUGCAGAAUUUCCAUCAGAACUUGGUGCUUGGAGUAGAGGCUGUGAAAUCAGUGAUAAAGAAGAUGUGGAUUGCUCUCUUCCUGUUGUGUGUUUGUCAAUGCUCUGCGGAUCAGUUCAGACUUCGAGCAGAGGCAUUAAUGAAAGAAACUCCUCUUGUAGAUGGACACAAUGACUUCCCUUACCAACUUCUACUGCGUUACCACAACCAACUGAGCAAAGUGGAUCUGAAUAAAGUGAAUGAAACCCACACUAACAUCAAUAAGCUGAAAGCUGGGCUUGUGGGAGCACAGUUUUGGGUCGCAUAUGCACCGUGUAGCACGCAGUAUAAGGAUGCUGUGAGACUAACGCUGGAGCAAAUUGACGUCAUACAAAGAAUGGAUUCGCUGUAUUCUCAAACUUUCCGUAGUGCACGUACAAGCAAAGGCAUUACCACAGCUUUCCAGGGUAAGCAAGUGGCCAGUUUAAUUGGUGUCGAGGGUGGACACUCUAUAGACAGCAGCAUGGCUACACUACGCCUCUUCUACCAAAUGGGAGUUCGUUACAUGACCAUCACGCAUAGCUGUAACACACCAUGGGCUGAUAAUUGGCGCGUGGAUGCGGGGAAAGAUACAGCUCAAAGUAAUGGCCUGUCUGAGUUUGGAAAGAAAGUUAUUUUAGAAAUGAAUCGACUAGGAAUGAUUGUUGACUUAGCACACACUUCUGUCAAGACGAUGAAUGAUGUAUUGGACAUUUCAAAGGCUCCUGUCAUGUUUAGCCACUCAAGUGCCUACACCCUGUGUAACCAUAAUCGCAAUGUACCAGAUGCCAUUCUGAAAAAAGUGCGUCAGAAGAAUGGUAUUGUGAUGGUGAACUUCUUCAACGACUUUGUUACAUGCAAGGUUAAAGCUACACUCUCAGAUGUGGCGGAUCAUUUUGACUACAUAAAAAAAGUUGCUGGUUAUCAGUCUGUGGGAUUUGGUGGAGAUUAUGAUGGCGUUCCCAGAGUUCCUACAGGUUUGGAUGAUGUGUCCUUCUAUCCUGAUUUAGUAGCUGAACUACUGCGGAGAAAGUGGACUGACAUAGAAGUAAAAGCAGCCCUUGGAGAUAACUUUCUCAGAGUCUUUCAGGAAGUAGAAAAGGCUAAAACCUUCACGCCAGGAGAUGAUGAGCCCAUUCCAUAUGACCAGGUUAAGAAUUCGUGCAGGACAAGCUUUGGUUAUGAGGAUCAAACUGAUACUAACAAUGGAAAUCCACUGGUUUUCAUGCCUGCAGUGGUCACAUCUGUUUACCUAGCACAUCAUUUAUUAGUGUAAGAGAUAACGGGGCAGCAGCCCCAGAAAAUAUCACUCAUUCUCAAAAGGCAACUUGAAUAAAAGGAAAAAUG